AAGAGCUUGUGGCUGGUGUUUGAGCAGUGUGUGUCUGCUUCAAACUGGGGCAGCUGGUUUCGGUUCUUCUACAUGGGGCAGGUGGGGAAAUAGAGGCAUCUGCCUUGGCAUCCAAUGUUGAUGUAUGUUCCCUUCCCAGUACAAAAUCUGCUAUGGAAGUAUCCAGAGAACCCCAUUCCUCAUCAGAUUUCUCCAACUUUGAGACGGAGUCUGUGCACCAAACAGACAAGGAGAUUCAAGCAGAUCUGGAUCACACCAGCAAUGUGGAAGGGUCUGAAUAUUCUUACCAAGGAGGCAGUGUAGGGUUCAAGGAGAUGCAAACCGAGAUUGAGUUUGCAGUGCAGAUAACCCCAAUUAAAGAUUUGAAAAAGCAUCGGGAAAGGAUGGAUGCUGCAAGGGACACGCCAGCCUCUUCGUACGUCCCUGAUGACAUGACGGAGACCUUAGACAAUAAGAGUCAGGGAGACCGGCUGGCCAUCAGCACCCAGCGAGGGACCAGUGCUCUGCAGCCAGAAGCCUACUCCAGGAUAGGCGAGGCCAGCAGUAUGGAGCGGAUGGGUCAGCUGCACAGCAGGCAGAUCACAGCAGCCGAUCUCGACCUGGAGAAGAUGAGGCUUGAUGGUGCAAUGACCAGGCUGAGGUACCGGCAUGAAGACAAUGAGAAGAGGCGGCAGCACGAGGAGAAAAUGCAACAGCUACAUCAUCAGACAACCCCUCGAUCAAUUGGACAAGAGGUCCACGAACUCCUUCAGCCCCAGAACCAGUAUGCCCUAUUUUUUUUCUGCUUCAUCUUUAUCCACAUUAUUUACACAGCCAGGGAGCUGGCUUUCUAUUUUAUUAUGAAACACGACGUAUUCUGCUUUGCCAUUUUGCUGUAUUUCAUUUUCAAGAAGAUUUUACUGGAUUACAGAAGUAGGAGAAACUAAUCACGAAACAGCAGCAGACUCUAGGCAGCAGAGAAAGAGGGCAAGCAGCUCCCUGAUGUUUAUGUAUCUCCGUUGUAUCGCCUCUCCCUCCCCUCCUCUUUAGAAUUUCCCCUUUUUCAGUCGCAUGCGACGAAUGCAAGAUUUGGCUUGGCUGUCUAAGUGCACUGGCAGUUCUCUCUAUCAAAUGCCACUGCUGAGUGUUGUUGUUUUCCUUUGCUAUUCAGUUAUAGGCUCAUCCAUUGCAGCUAUCCCACCUGAGCCUGUCACAGUCAUCGAUG